AUGGGAUGCACAUGUUCGAUCGGAUCUAAAUUUAGAAGAGUCAAAAGUUUAAAUUCUAACGGGACACUUGAAGAGAAAAAAAUCCAUAGCGUCGGAGAAAUCGUUGUCCAAGCCAGCAAUUUCGUCCGAGAAAACGAAAAUAAGUUUCAAGAUGUCUACAGACUUGGACAAGCUCUAGGCACAGGAGGCUCAGGAGAAGUCAAAAUUUGUUUUCAUAGAGAAACCAACAUAAAAAGAGCUGUUAAAAUAUUCCGAAAAGAUCUCAUUACAAAUGAAGCUGCAAAAGUAAACCUUGAAAAGGAAAUAAAUAUUCUCAAAACAUUAGACCAUCCCAACAUUGUUAGGAUUUAUGAAUAUUUUGAAGACUCAAAACGUCUUUACAUCAUCAUGGAGUUCUGCAAAGGGGGAGAAUUAUUUGACGAAAUCAUUAAAAGGCAGACUUUUUCUGAAAAUCACGCAGCACAGAUUAUGUAUCAAUUGCUUUCUGCAGUCGCGUAUUUGCAUAAUCUCAAUAUAAUUCAUAGAGAUUUAAAGCCAGAAAAUAUUCUGCUUGAGGAAAGGAAUGAUAGUUUGAAUAUAAAACUAAUAGAUUUUGGAACUGCUACUUAUAUGACUCCUUCACGGCCUACAGUAGGAGCUUCAGGUACAGCUUAUUAUAUAGCCCCAGAAGUUCUUGCAGGGAGAUAUACUGAAAAAUGUGACCUCUGGAGUUGUGGGAUCAUCAUGUACAUUCUUUUAAGCGGAUUUCCUCCAUUUGAUGGAAAAACUGAAGACGAAAUUAUGAGCAAGGUUUCCAGUGGAAAAGUCAAUUUUUCAGUCAACCCAUGGCCAAAUAUUUCAGCAGAAGCCAAAGAACUCCUUACUUCUCUACUAUGUCCUGAAGAAACCAGAAUUUCAGCAUCUGAUGCUUUGCAGCAUUUAUGGAUAACCACAAGGAUAAACCGUACCAUCACAAAUAAAGAAAUGCUAAACGAAGUCUUAACCAACCUCAGGAAUUUCCAUACAUCCAAUAAACUCAGAGACGCAGUUCAUACUUUUAUUGCCACACAAUGCAUGACUCAGCAGGACACAAAAGAUUUAAAAGAAAUUUUCCUACUGAUUGACAAAAAUGGUGAUGGAAAAAUCAGUAAAGAAGAUUUAAUAGAACAAUAUACAAGUAUUUUAGGCGCAGAAGAAGCUGCAAGCGAGGUAGCAAAAAUUAUGAAGGAAGUUGAUACAGACAAAAAUGGGUUUGUUGAUUAUACUGAGUUUUUAAAGGCAUCACUUAAUGUAGAAAAAGUGCUGUCUGCUGGGAAUUUAAAAACAGCGUUCAGGGUGUUUGAUAGAGAUGGAAGCGGGACUAUAUCAGCUUCAGAGCUGAGGAAAAUCCUGGAAGGAGGAAUUCCAAGUGACGAGAGGGUUUGGAAUGAAAUUAUAAGCCAAGUAGACCAAAAUGGAGACGGAGAAAUUGAUCUGCAAGAGUUUCAUAAAUAAAAUGGCAUUCGGUUCGAGAGAAAUUAGCUUUGCUAAUUUUCUCUCCCUCAUGGAAUUUCAUUUAUGGGGUUAGGUUUUCUCUCGAGAACUUUUGCACAGCAAUAGACGUUUAACUCUGGGGAUAACCAGAGGAACGCCUCCUUAGUGCACUAAGAGGCUCGGAGUUUUACCUCUCAGCACAUCCCCAAGGGAGGAUGACCCUUAGGCGGAACACGCGCAGGAGCUGAGUCAGGGCAAGGCAUCGGCUUCGCGCCGGGUGAGAAGUGCAGCAAGACGAGCGACGAAGCUUUGAUAGAAGGCUUGGGCCUGGGCUGACCAGGUUAAUCCAAGAUGGCUCGGUGACGUCACAAGUUUUGCCAAAAGCCCUUUUUAUAGGGGCUGCGGCACCGGACACCUUAAAGACCGAAUUAUUAAGUAAGUAAGUAAAUAAAUAAGAUCUGCAAGAGUUUCAGGACAUUAUUUUGGCAAAAUUUUAA